AAACAAACCAUCGAAUCACAACAUCCCCGGCGCGCGGGGAGAUAUAAAACGUCCAGACGUACCGUACAUACUACUACAUACAGCCAAUGCAGCGCAGGAUCAGCCAGUAAGAUAGCGCCAAUCAUGCAUACCUGAUACAUAGAACACUCACAUCUGUUAUCCGCCAAGAACAAGAAAAGUGGCCUGACUCUCAAUCCUGCUAACUGUCUCUGUCUUGCGCUGUCCCAACGAUUGACCACCCCCGUUCAUAUGCAAUCCCAGUCAUCGUGCUGGACCAUUUAACCAAUCAGCCAACCUCCAAGCAAGUGCUAAAAGUAGUGCUAAAAUUCCCCUGUCCAGCGCCUACAAAAGUCAAGAGAUUAACCAUAAGGGCAUGCCAUGGCGACCUCAACAACGGCUUCCAAGCCCGAACCGACACAAUCAAACCCCUCGUCCUCAACCCCCGCCGUACCACCACCGUCUCAACAACGCCUUCCACCUCCAUUCCUCUUCCAAGGCCCACCGUCCCUAAACACCUCUAACCUCUCCCUCCCCCAUAGCCUUCUGCCAGGCUCUCACAAUUACACUUCACCACCCAACAACGCCACGGCUAAACCUUCCCUGGCAACCUCCGCCGCUCAUCACAUCCAUCAACCCCCGCUUCUUCGCCCUCAUUCAACCCAUACUACCCCUCCCGAUAUACCUGCCGCUACGACUUCUUUCACCACUAAACUAGCCUCAGCCCCAGGCUCAACUCCAAGCUCCCCGCUGAUGCGUGCAUCCCGGUUAUCUGCACAGGGACAGGGGCCCGGAUUAGGUUAUGGACUGGGUUAUGGCACGGGAACGGGACUAAGAAUGGGACUAGGCAAUGGAAAGAGCCAACACGGCCAUUCCCAGACCCAUGGAGAUAUGGACGGUAGUGCUCGUGGCGACGCAGAUGCGCUGUGGCAGCAAAUGCAAAAUACGCUCGCCGAGGUGGAGUUGAGCGCCAUGAACGGUGAUCAUGUUUUCGGCACGCAGCACGCUAGGGCGCUGGAGGAGUUGAGGGAUAAGCAAUUGGCGUUGGCCCUGGCGUGGGCGCGGAGUGAGCCUGAUGAAGUUGUGGAGAAUCCACCCGUUGAAGAGAGUGCUUCUGCCACUCCUGCAACUGGUCCUACUACGACAGGUAAGGGAGGUGGGACGGGGACAAGCGGGGGAGGUGGAGGAGGAGGUACGGGGGGCGGGGGAGGGGCGGAAUCUAUGCGCAAAGACUCUACUGCUACGGCUAUGGAUAAAGGAAUAAAAGAGAAGUUCAUGAGCGAGACAACUGAGAGAGAGAUCCUUCUCGCGCGCAAAAGGAGAGAGGCCAACGAUCGGUAUUUCGACCGGGUUAAUAGUGGUGUUCUAGAUGUGGUUGCGAAGCUUGAGGAGGUUGCAUUGGCGAUGAGGGUGGUGGAAAGGGAGAGUAAGGAGAUUUGGAAUGAGACUGCUGAUGAUGUUGAAAAUGAUAACGAUGUUGACGGAAGUGACCAUGUGGAUGAGGAUGUGGAUGUGGAUGGACCUUCUGCUGCUGGCUCUGCUACCGCUUCAACCACCACCAGCCGUCAUCGCCGUCAUCGUCGUGGUGCAAUAUCUGACUGAGGAUGAAAGAGAAAAAGGAAAGGAUAUCGGCGAAUGAAGAGACGUAAUUUUGUUACAAAAAAUAAAAUCAGACAACCCGGUUAGUCGAACUGGAGAAAGUUUCUCAGUUCUACAGUUCCUCAAUCUUCUCGAUCCUUCUCUGUUAUCUACCCAAUCGCAGAUUCUCAGCACUGGCAGCACUUCUCCUCCCAUUGCCAAUGGGGAAGGACUAACCGUUCAUUCCAUCACUCCUUCAGCCGAAGAUGUGGCUUUCUCGGCAACACAACGAUGUUAAAUUACUUUUUAUUUCUUAUCAGUCGGUAGUGACGGAAUCGAUCUACGUUAGCAAGCAUCAUCCCCUGGCCAGUUUGCAGAUCCCCAGGUAAUAUCGCACAUUCUGUGGUAUGGAAUGAGACCCGGGGGGUACAUAUAAAUGUACAGUACGAGUGAAACGAAAAUAGGAUCACGAGGCUUUUCUCGAGUCACAGCCAGCCUGAGGACCCGGUUAGCCCCCCAUACAUACACGAUUUUAGUUCCAUUCGACGGCUUUUAAAUGCGCGACCAUCGCGGCAUCUUGAAAAUGAUGGUUCCCCAAAUUAAAACCAGUCAAGCAAGGGGCAGACCCGCUGCUUACUUUAAGCUCCCAGCAAAGAUGACUGCAACAUGGCAUCAUUUGUUGUCAUCAUUAUUGUCAUCAAAAGCCCCGAAGAAAAUCGGGAGUCUUAUGGUUCUUCUAGUCUUACUUUCGGAUUGGCUACCCCACCUCGUUUAUUAAUAUUCUGCAGAAGGCUGAAUUCGAAAGUAGGGUGCAGCCCUUUUUCCCUUUUUUCAUCCCCGUUGUGCCGCCUACGUAACAUGAUUCUUACCUAUAAUGUCAAAUCCUUGACUCGCCUGGGCAAAUCUCUCAAGCAACGGAUGGCAUGUGAUGGAAUGGGCCGGCCCGUAGGCAUGCGGGCAAGAUACGCAAGGAGUGGUUGGAAUAAUGCAGGGGAGGAGGUGAUCAUGGGGCGUCGGGAGAAGGGGAAUUGAGGGUGGAUGUGAAUGAGGGGAUGUGUUUCGUGCACAUCAUGCAAUGUCCAUAGGCUGCACACGGUUGAUUAAUACUGUAUACCACUCGGAAAUGUUAGAAUGAGGGAACCGUUAUAGAUAGUAUAAUCCGAUUUUUUUGACGUUAAAAAUGGGCCGGAAUGAUGAAACGAAUUUACAUAUCCAGAUUUAUAUAUAAGCUUCUUUUCGUUGCUGUAAAUAAUUCAAUCGAAACAGCACGUCAUACACAUACAGAUUUAAGAGCGACACAAAGGCCGGCCCGGGGGUAUCAAUUCAACCACCAACGCCGCAACACCAAAACCAUACCACAUACGCAAACGAAGAAAAAUAAAAGAAAGCCAUCCAGCCCUCACAAAAGCUCUAAAUGAUCCGUUAAACAAGAACAUCCCAAUUCCCUACCCCAAUUCCUCCAAUACAUCCAUCAAAUCACCCUUCCCUCCCAGUCCCCUGCACCCCCUCCCUCAACCCCCUAACCACCCUAACCCCCUCCUUAACCAACCCUUCCAAUCCCACCUCCUGCACCCUCCUCACCCACCCCUCAAGCUGCCUAUUCCACCUCUCCUUCGCCAAAUCCAUGAUCCCAGGCUGUUCGCGCGGGUAAUAUCCCCUCCGCGCCAUGACGGCGGCGAUGGCGGCAGCGUCCUCCGCAGACGCGGUUCGUAGAUUGGUACUGCUGGUGGCGUUGGCCGUGGUGGUGGGCAGCGCGAUGGUGUUUAUGAGAUCUAUCUGCUCGCGGAGGAGGAGGCGUUGGUGGUGCCGGUUGGCGAGGUGGAGGUGGAGGGUUAGGGUUAUGGUGGCGGUUGAGAAGGUUAGGCCGGUGAGCUGUGGGUUUUUGUUGGGGGAAUGUUAGUUACUUUGGAUGGGUUUGGGUUUGGGUUUGAUUGUGAUGGUGUCUAUAUGGUUUUGCUGGCUGGCGGGAGGAGUAGGUUUUCCCGGAUUGGUUGUAGUGAGAUGAGAUGGAAUACGGGAGGGAACUUACGAAGCCUUUGAGGAAAGCCAUUCUUGUGCUCUUGGGUAUUUAAGGUGUCUUGCUAUUCUCUGGCUGAAGGGGCUUUCUCCCUUGGUAUAUGUAAAAGCAGUUUUUCUAGAGCGUAAAGAGCUUGAUGGAGUUCAAGCAGAAAUUACUGGUGUGAGCUCCUUGCUCUUCCCCCACCUGCAGGAUAUUGUUUCAAUAGAUAUUGAGUGAGAAGCUUUAAAGCAAUAUCGUUCGGUCCAGAGGUGCCAGAAAC